AGGACCUUUAUAAGUCAGAUGAGAGGAGAAGUCACUCUACAGACCCCUGAUCCUCAGAAAUAUAAACAUGCAUCUUAAAGUCCUGGUGUUGACCCUGUCAUUCUUGACAACUUCAGCUUACCCACUCCAUCGAAACACAAGGGAAGUAAUCUGGACUGAUUCAAAGGCCAACCAGGCUCAUGACAAGACAGACCUCACUAAAGAUGUAGAUAAGAUCUAUAAGAGUCACAUAGACAGCAGUCGGCUUUACAGCCAAGAGGAUGAUGACAACAAAAAUCCAGUGGCAGAGGAGAUGCAGCUCAAGCUCAACAUGGAGUCGGAGCGUCUGCGUAUCCGUCUGCGCCAAGAGCUUGCCGAGCUGCAGAAAAGGUUGUCCCCGUCUCCAGCCCACCUCAGCUCCACCCUGGCCAGCAUGAGGGACCGCCUGGCUCCCCUCACCCAGCAGCUCCAGAGCUCUCUCAGCAGCAGCACCCAAGAUCUGUGUGGCCAGUUGAGCCUCUAUCUGCAGGGCCUGGAGACAGCAGAGGCCCAGGCAGAGGCCACUCCGGCUCUCUACCAGGACACCUUCCACUGGAUGACACAAGCCCUGGAGCACAGCCGCUCCAAGCUGGCUGACAUCAUCAGCGACUUCCAUACCAAAACUGUCGGGGCGAUCGAACACCUGAAAGAGAUCGGCUCUAGCGAGGAAGAGGUGGCCAAGUCAGAGCUGUGGCAGGUGGUGAGCUCCAGGUUGGGACAGGAAGUGAGUUUACUGAGGGUGGAGAUGCAGAGCAGGGUGGAGGCUCUCAAAGCAGAGCUUGCUGCUCUGCAAGAAACUGCUCCACCUCUUAAGGCUGAAGUGGCAGCCAGUAUGGAGCGGUUCUGCCAAAAUGCAGCCUUGCAGAGCGAAGUUUUUCAGGCCCGGAUGGAGAGGCUGUUUCAGGGGCUAGAAGAGGAGCUGGAGGUCCAAAGAGCCUCCAGCCUGUCUCCUUCUUCUAUCUCCUCAUCCAUACAGCCAGGUGGCUCUUUGCAGGAGGAUUUCUCAGUUAAAUUCUCUGCUUUGAUCCAGGACAUUCUGCACUCAGUGUAGCGACAGAGACACCUGUAUAUAUUUUUUUAAAAUUAAUAAUUUUCGAUGAAUUUGUUCUUUUGUUUGCCGCUGUACCAGCCAAGUAAGUAGCUUGUAAAUAUUUAUGAAUUAAUGUAUUUGAUUGAUUGUAUUUGUUUCAUUCUGUAUGUGACUGAGUGCAUAAUUGUCAGUAUUCUGUACUAGGUAAAAAGCUGCUGAGUAAAGUUGUUGAUGAUUGAUAAAUGACAAAUAACCUGUUGCUGUUUUUUAGGUAUGUAAUCAGCCACACAGUGCAACACCAACCUGAUUUCAAACUUUAUUUUGAAUCUGUAUAAAACAUAUAUUCUAUAUUUAAAUUUGCUCAAAAAAUGUUCUAAGCAUUGCAGUUGAGAUUCUGUACAAGAUACCAAAAGACAUCUAUAAAAUGACAGACUCCCAAACAUUAUGAAAGUUAUACUUUCAUAAAAUAUUGAAAUUACUGUUCCAUAGUAAAUGUUUGUUUUUUUACACCCA